AGGAAUUGGAUCGGCCACCUCCCAACGCGCAUCCUAUAGUUACCAGGUAUCGAUAACAUCAGCUCAACAAAAGAAUACGAAGCCGAACGAGGAGCCAAAUCGGGGGACCAUCUCUGUGGGCCACCUAGAACCCGAACGAUUAGACUUCAUGAUAACGGUCACAAUUUUGUUUCAGGGGGCAGUGAGCUUUCAAGAAGAUUACUGGAAGAAAUGGUAAAAAGCGAGGCCUCCAACGAACCUCACCUAGGUUCUCGCCUUCAGGUUGCACAUCAUUCCAAUGAGUUUGCGGAUUAUGAGAUUAAGCAUGAGCAGCCUGGGAUAUCUUCUGAAUCCGACGUUAGUUGUGGGACCAAUGAGAUUAGCUCUAAAAGUUCUCCUGCACAUCCACCUCCAAUAGCGCCUACGUCGAUACGAACUCCAUAUCUCGAAACACCUCCCGGAUUUGAAGAGACUCAGGUCGUGGACAGCCGCUCUUUUUCAGACGCCAUACCUUCGUCUCCGUCAUCCACCGUCCUCGCAUUAAAUGUGAGUGAGCUAACAAAGUCUCGAGACAAGGGUUCAGUGCAUUCGUCGAACCCACAGAAUGCAACGAUACCAGAAUCACCCACAGUCCAGGGGUCGGGAAGAUCUCAUGCACCGCCCCCACCCUUUGUCACUCAAUGUUUAUCUCCAGCUCACACAGAAAGUGUCAAUGGCGUUUGCCCUCCCCAUGUUUCCGCUUUCGCCUACGCAGUUCUGCCGUACUUCCGAGGAGUUCAAGACGAUGGCUUCGUACUCUCACCUACUAAUACAACUACAUCUUCAGUGCUUGCAAUUGCGGUAUCCUCCUCCCAAUCGCCUUCUGCUUGGUCAACUCGCACUAACGUGCUUUUCUCCCCAUCUUACCCGCGCCAUAAUGUACCACGUUUCUUCGAGGAGCGAACUGCUAUCGACGUUCGCUUGCGGUAUAUGAGCGUUCGUGCCGCGCUGACGCGAUGCUCAGUCAUCAUCAACAUGAAGGCUCAAGAAAAGGUGUCAUUUACAUCAAGAACAGCCAGUUGGAUGGAGCCAGACUUCCCUAAAGCUUGCUGCGUUGCAAAAUAUGUAGCUUUACCACUAGCCCAAAACCUCAGUCAUUGUCAGCUCCAAGCUAGAUGUUGGUACUGGCUUGGGCGAGGGGAGUUUGGACGAGGUGACUGGGAAGCUGCAAUCGAUGCUUUCGAACGGGCUAUUCAGCUUAAUGUCCUCGAUGUCGAGGAGAAGUGUGAUCUGAGGCCUCGAGACGAAGGUAAGGAUGUUCAAAAGUGGCUGAAGAUGGCAAGAGAUGAGUGGAUUCUCGCGAACGAUAGCGUAUUUCCCGCCCUAGGUAAUCUCCCAAGAUAUGUCCUCUCCCCAGACCAAGCAGCAGAUGAGAUUCGAGCGCGGUUCAACCCAAUACAUAAUCAGACGAAUUGGGUUUCAUUAACGAGGUCUGUCUCUGGGGCUGAUUUUUCUGAUCACGAAUGGGAGUAUAUCACAAUGCCAACCCGAACUGAACCCGAGCGAGAACAAGGGGGGGGGAUCAGUUUCACGCCAUCGACGGGAGGCCGCUGUUCUGAAGAUCUCCAAGAUGCAAUUAAGCCUCGAAAACGGUGCCCUUCCAUAGUGGAGAAGGUUAUCGAUUGGCGUAGAGGGAUCCCUACUAAUGCUCUGGGGGUAGGGACGCGGGCCGUAUCUCCCACAGAUCGAUCAGGAUACACAUUCGCAUCACCGAUACACUCUCCAUCUAUCUCUCCUGCAAUGAAUUCUAAGUCGAAUCCGCCCGAUAACACAUCGCUCCAUUCCCAAUGCAAUUCGACGAAUUCUAUGUCGGAACAAUCGGCGGGUGAGGUUGCACGUCGAAGGAAGCUGAACGUUCACUCUAUUAACACCAACGCGUGUUGAUUUGAUGUCACCACCAAACUUCGGGAAUGCUGCCUAUGGUAUCCCAUUUAAUUAAUAGUACGCACGCUGCGCUCGAGGCUAGUUAAUGGCACUGUUUAGCAAUACCUCUAAUCCCGUUCACGCGUACUACGAGAGCAGCAGCCUGGACAGCCCAAUAUUCGCAUACGCUUUGAUCGUCUCAAUUCUGGGCGAAGAGCAUUAUCACGUUGUUGAAAGUAAGUCAUCCGCACGUAAGAGAACGCAGC